UUUCCAAAUGUUGUUCGCAUUUCCGCUUCCGGGUAGCAUGUCUGCGGAAAAUUUGAGCUGAUAUCUUUUGACCUUUUGGAAAGUCACGGUGAGUUGGUGACCUGAUGGCAUCCAAUUAUGCAAAGCGAAUGGGUCACCUGGCUGCUCGCAUCUUUGGUGAAGUAGCUCGUCCAACCAGUCUGCGGUCCAUGAAGGUGGUGAGGCUGAUGAGGGAGCUCCCUCCCAAUCUGAAUCCAGAAGUGGUCAACUACUACCCUCGGUACAAGGACACAAACGGUCUCAUGAUCAAACUCAGGAAACACGGCUUGUUUAGGGAUGAACAUUUAGACUUUCAAGAGGAGAUGACAAGGUUAAAGGCACUGAGGGGGAAAGUGAAGCCCAAGAAGGGAGAAGGAAAGAGAGCGAUGAAGAGGAAGUGAUGUGUCCCAAAGACUUGUGUAUUUCAGUGUGUGGAAUGUGUUCCAGAGUGUGAUUGAUGACAUAAAGAAACCAACAUCCCCAGUCCAAUAUUUGUACAAAUGUGGACCAAGGUAUUAUCAUGGAUUUCAGAGUGAAUUGUUCUCACGUAUGCUGUUGUACCAUUCUCAGUCCGUACUCACUUGUAACUUGUAUACAUUGACUUUGUAUACUGUUAAAAGGAACUCUGGUUACAUACACUUAUCUGGCUCACUAGACUAGCUUGAAAGUUGCCAUUGUGUCAUGUAUGUGUCAAGUGUACAUGGGCCUGUGGCCAUUGUGCUGAAAUAAACUUCACUAACAUGUCUUUAGAGUGGAAACUCCA